UUCGCAUACGUCGAUUAACGGACAGUCUAUAUCCGGGUUGCAUCCUAGGUUAACGAUACAUAAAUUGGAGAUUUCCGAAUUCCCUGUUGUUUUGAACGCGUAACUUUACUCAACAUAAAGGUAUUGCUUCUUGACUUCUACAUUUAUUUUGUUUUUUUCUUCUAGGUAAAUUGUCGCACGUAUUGACAAAAACACUCACUUGCCAAAGUAUAUUCACAUGCAGGACGUCGUAUGUUUUCUACUGCCGCGUUCACGUGCUAGUCUGAAUUAAGAAACGUUGUCAUUUUCUGACUUGCUACCUGGUUGUAAAUCAGAAAAGGCGGCACAUGUGUACAUACAAACAGUUAUCAGGAACCUGUUGUUAUUCCACGAAAGUCUGAUCUGCACAACACGAAGCAGUGGUCGUUUAAAAUAUUGCUGAUCUGCUUUUCCACUGCCACCAUGGCCCAAAGGCUGGUAAUAAUCGACACAGAUGCAGGUAUAGAUGACGCCCAGGCGAUAAUGAUGGCCGUGGCCGCUCCAAGCCUGCAGAUCCUGGGGAUAACAUGCUGCUUCGGGAAUACUGAUGUGGACAACGUCUGUCAGAAUGUGCUGCUGGUGCUGUCUGUCUGUGAACGCACACAGAUUCCAGUGUUCCAGGGUGCUGCUGGUCCCCUGGUGGGGGCCACCAAGGCUUUCAGCGACCACUUUGGGACUGACGGGCUGGGAGAUGUGCUGGAGGACAGAGACCCACAGUGGAAGGAGAAGCUCCAGAGAGAACAUGCUGUUAAUGCCAUGAUCAGACUGGUAGCUGCCAACCCUAAACAGGUGUCCUUGGUGGCUCUUGGGCCGCUCACCAACCUGGCUCUGGCCAUCAGACUGGACCCUUCUUUCCAACAGAACCUGAAGGAGCUCGUCAUUAUGGGAGGCAACAUGGAGGGUAAAGGGAAUGUAUCUUUAUGUGGAGAGUUUAACUUUGUGAUGGAUCCUGAAUCUGCCUUCAUUGUCCUGGAGGAGUACCUCUGUCCUACACGCAUAGCAUCAUGGGAGUAUUGCUGUAGGAAUAAACUGGAAUGGGAAUUCUUUGAAAAACUGAUUAACGAGGACACGCCUGCUGGUCGCUUCAUGAAGAUGAUCACGUCUAAGUGUUGGGGUUAUUCCAAGGAGGCCAUGCUGAGUAAGAGGGAUGUGUACUUCGGACCUGGCUUUGUCUCCUACGAUGCUUAUGCAAUGGCAGCGUGUAUAGACAGCUCUGUGGUGACAGAGAGUAUAGAGUGUGCCGUCAGGGUGGAACUACAAGGGGAGCUAUGCAGAGGGAUGAUGGUUCUGGAUCAGAGGAACAAACUGAACAAAAGCCACCGUGUUUCUGUCAUGAAGACCUGUGAUCUGACCAAGUUCAGGCAGUUACUCAUGGCUUCCCUUAAACAACCCUGUAGGAAGUAGGCUACGAGACAGACCAACCUGAUGUCGGCCAUGCGUUGUAGAUCACCUGUUGGCUGAUGACAAAAGGUGGAGCUAUAGCUGCAAGCAGCAAUGAGCGGGGUUCACAAGAUGACAGAAAGGAGACCAGAACAGUUAGUGCUUGCUCUAUCUGCCAAAAAUAAUGGAAGCAGGUGCGGUUCCUGAGUUAAUUAUCGUCCCAUUCUUCAAUGGGUUUUGAGAAGGAGAGGAUGCAAUUGAGAUUCUCUAGGUCAAAUGGGAUGGCGGAUAUGAGGGUUUAAGUGAGACUGCGCAUAACAGCUCCACCCACCGGCCAAUCCGUGCCACUUUUUUUGACAGUUUCUGUGUGCCAAAUUAGGAAAAAGGUUACCAAUCUAUGCAGGAGUUGUUUGACAGUGUGAAGAUUUUUUUUUUUACCAGAUAACAUGUUUCACAGCUUCAAUGUAAACCCAUUAUGACAGCUUAUGUUGUGGGGUCACAGACGAUAAGACGGCAAUCCCACAGCCAAAGUUUGUGUUGGUCCAUCUUGUCUGUAUCUUCUCACAGCCUCUAGGGUGGACUGGCCCAGAGUCUGAGAGAGAUGUAUACCUGUAUGUGUAAGACAUUGUAACUAACACAGACAACACACCAAACACUCAGGGCCUUAUUUUCACAUCUGAUUUGUACUGUUUAAUCAAAUAGAAUGCAUUUUAAUGA